AUAUUCUAACGCCCCGAUUAACGAUACAUUCGAGCAACGGAGACUAGAGAUGGCAAGGUCGACGGUACGCCUCGUAUUUGGUUUUAUGACAACAUGAUGGAGGUACAGCAACCGAAGAGCCCUUCAAGAGGCGGCCAGUCUGCGGCUCCCAAACGCAAGCGUGCCGACACAAGCAACAGCAGCACGGAGCGCUCAACCACGAAUAAUAAGCGUCAAUGUCUCACCAGCAGUCUGUGUCUCGCGUCUUCCGAUGAUACCAAGGUCCUAAGUGUCAUCGAAGCCCGCUACGAAGUUCAACUACAGUCCGUCAUCUCGUCUUCCAAAAUCCAGCAAAGGGUCUCGGCCGUGCUACGGCAUCUCGCCCCGCCUACGACACCUUCCUCCACUGAAGCGGCACCUACCACGACCACCUCGAAGACACGGGUCUCAGUACUACGAGCAAAGGCCGCCGAAGCCGGAAAGCUGAUUUCCAUUGCCGAAAUCGCGAAGCGCGAAAUUGAAAAAGAGCUGUCGUCGAAGGGUGAAGGAGAUAAAAAGACGGGCCAAGAAGAUAAAGCAGGUCGCUGGUUCCAAUACAUUGCUCUUGGCGAAGAGCAGAGACAGAGGAAACGCGACGAAGGCGACACGAUCAUCGAAGAAACUGUCCUUGGGGGUCCAGAUGCUGACGAAGGAGACGCUGAGGAGGACGAGUUCGAGGUCAUGAAGACGCCAUUCGAGAGGGCGAUUGAGGGCCAGCCCUUGGUGAGAGGCAUUCCUGUCAUGAGUUUGUUUCUGUCAAGAUCACCCAUCGAAGAAUUAAAGAGACGAUACGGAGAACAGACGAAUGCGACUUCCACAUAGGAUGGAUAAUGCGAUACGUGCCACCGUUUUACGUUUGCAUGACCGGAACAUGUUUAACUGCUGACGCAACGGAAGCACAAGCUAGACAACCUCGCAAUACACCUAGCAUGGGCGCAACAAUGGCUUAUAGCAACUCAAGUGUGGCACGACGGCAAUUGAUAGCACGAAUAACCUUAAACGACUUCUUCAGUCUAUGGCAGUCUUCUGGCAGAACAUACUCUUGACAAAACUUCUAAACAACCCAAACGCCGCGAUGCCU